AACAACAGUGCUACCGAUGACUCUGUUAUAUGCGGACCAUGUUUUGAUUCCCUUCAUACUCAUGGCAGUUUUUUAAAGAGCUGUCUUGAGGCACAGGAAAAAUAUAAAAGUGCUUACGGGCAGCCUUAUAUUAAAUCUAAGGAAUUUGAAAUAAAACUGGAAGAUGGUCAGGAUGUGCAGGAGACAUAUAAAAUCAUUAACAAACAGACUUCUCUUAAAUCUGAAAAGAUUGAAAUAAAACUGGAAAAAGAUGGUCAAGAUGAACAAAAGGAAUGCAAGAAUGUUUAUAUUAAAUCCGAAGAGAUUGAAAUAAAAGUAGAGGAAGGCGGUCAGGACGGGUGCGAUUCCUGUUCAUGUAACUUAAAUAAAGAAACAGUUGAAAUUGAAAAGAGACACCUUUCAAAGGACGUGGGAGAAAUAAAGAGUGAAUGUAAAUGUGAAACGGGAUUUAAUGAAAGCCUUACGACAUCCUUGUCGGUUAACAACAUCCAAAAACCCAAUACCGAAAAGUUUACAUUUCAGAAUUGUGACCCUUCAUCAGAUACACAGUUGUACCAAUGUGAUAAAUGCAAAUAUAAAACAAAACUUAAGGCGAGCUUGAAGAGGCAUCAGAUUACACACAAAGACUUUUCAGAAGUGCCAAUUUACUUGUGCGAUAAGUGCCCGUUCAGGACAAAGUAUAAGUUUCUUCUCAAAACCCACCAAUUAAAUCAUGAAAACCCUUCGGGAAUCUUAACGUACAAAUGCGAUAUUUGUACUUAUGAAACUAAAUACACCAGUCAUUUGAAAAGGCAUCAGUUGUUGCAUACAAACUCUUCGGAAAUCGAAAUGUACAAGUGUAAUACAUGUGUUUAUAAAACUAAAUAUAAGAAUCACCUAAAAGUACAUCAAUUAACGCACAAAGACGCGUCGGAAAUCCAAAUGUACACCUGUGAUACGUGUAGUUUUGAAACUAAGUAUAAAGUUGUUCUAAACAGGCAUCGGUUAAAGCACAAAAGUGUUUCAGAAAUUCAAAUGUACAAGUGUGAUACUUGUACGUAUGAAACUAAAUAUAAGAGUCAUCUAAAAGUGCAUCAGUUAUCACACAAGGAUUCUUCGGAAAUUCAAAUGUACAAGUGUGAUGUUUGUCGUUUUGGAACUAAGUUUAGAAGCAAUCUGAAGUCACACCAAUUGAAACACAAAGAAUUUUCACAUGUCGAAAUGAACAACCAUCAACUAAUUAAGAACCCUGCCGCAAUACAAAUGUGGGAAAGUGAUACACACGGUGAUAUUGGUGAUAAAUGCCAUCUUGCAUGUCAUCUGUCAAUACAUAAACGUUCAAACAUCCAAGUAUUCAAGUGUAACGAGUGCGUUUUUGAGACCAAACAUAAACAGAACUUAAAGAUUCACAUGUUCAAACACCAGGAUCCGUUGACAGUGCAACUGUACAAGUGUGACAAAUGUGUAUUCCAAACAAAGCACAAACGCAAUCUCAUUAGACACCAGUCAGUACACAAAAAUCUUUUAGGAUUGUAAGUUUUCGAGCAAUUAUGAAGACUAAAUUUUAAUAUAUCAGUUAAGCAUGAACAUAAACAAUUUGGAAUGAUAAAUGAUGAUACAAAUUGACAGAAAGAUUCAAAUAUACAUAAACAAUAAGGAGCCCGAUAUUAUACAAGUACAAGUACUUUCAUAUGCAUUUUGCGUACAUUUUUCUUUUUUUUUGUGCGUUUGUAUAUGCAAUAGGCAGUAUACAGGGGAAGUCAUAAUUAGGUAUAAAAGAUUUAACCAAAUUUUCGUUAGAUCGAAACAGAAAAAGUUAUGGCCCAUCAAAGAUUUUCUGUUGUUUUUUAUUUAUUUUUUAUUUUAUAACUCCGUCAUUUUUUAAGAUAGUUCAAUGAAACUUGGCAUUGGGGAGUUUUUGGAAUGGCCAAACAUGAAUAUAAGGUUAUUUUUUACAACGUUGAAACUUCUUGAACCUUUUGUUUAAUAUUAAAAUAUAUUUAUUUUCUUGGGAAUUGGGUUCUGGUGUGAUAGUCGGUUUA